AUGACAUCGCCGGGGUUGCACACCGCUUUUGCUGGAUGUGCAUACCUGGUGGUGUACGUGCUCCCCCUGUAUGUCGUGCGGGGUCCCAGGGACUCGCCUCCCGUGAUCAAAGCUCGCCUGGCUGCCACUGCGAUAACAUCGGCCUUGCUGACAUGGGUGCCGAUUAUCCUCGCUUUUUCGCAGUCGAACGGGCGGCUCCCCCGGGCGUCUGAGGCCGCUGCCCUGCUGGGCCUGACGGCCCACGGCUUUUGGAGCAGCGUCGCCCAGGGCCUUGGGUUGACCGCCCUCCUCUUUGCUGGGCCCCUUGCGUACCGGGCGCUGGGCGCUGUGCCGGCGCAUGGGCCCCCCCGCCACGUCAGCCGGCGCAGUGCGCUGCAGGUCCUGCGCGACCUCUGCCUCGCCCCCCUCAGCGAGGAGCUCGUCUUCCGCGCCAGCCUGCUGGCCUUCCUGCGCCAGCGGGGCCUGGGCGCCGCCGCGGCGGUGGCUGCCUCCCUGGCCCUCUUUGCGGCCGCGCACGUUCACCACUUGGUGGACCGGGUCUGGCACGGCGGGCACAGCGUGCGCGUCGCGCUGCGCGCCGCGGCGCUGCAGGCCGCCUACACCGCCGCCUUCGGCCUGCACGCCGCCGCGCUAUGGACGGCGGGGCGCAGCGUGGCCGGGCCCGUGGCGGCGCACCUGGCCUGCAACCUGGCGGGCCUGCCGCCCCUGGGUGCCAUGCUGCGCCACCGCCAGGCCCCGCUCCUGCUGCUCCUGACCGUGAUGGGCGUGGCCGGGUGGGCGCGCAGCAUCGCCUGGCUCUUCCGCCGCCACGCCUGGUAG